AUGGUCAAGAUAGUUCUUAGCAUAAAUAGGAAAAAAAUGAUUGAUCCAAGUUCAUCUGAAGAAGAAAGUGAGGAGGAACAGCAUCAUCAAACUGAUGAAAGUAGACAUAGUCAACAUCAUGCAGUACACCUCCCACCUCCUCCUCCAGCUCAUCAGUACAAUCAAUCUGAAACUCUUAGUAUUCCACUCAACAGUGAAGCCCCUCGGUCUCUUUCACCUAGUGGUACUUCUACUGAUACUGCAAGUAUUUGUGGGACUGUUAAUCCAUCACGUUCUAAUUCAUUACCCCGCCCAACAAGCCCUAGUCCAUCUGUUGUUAGUGAAAAAACUGAAGCUGAAUUACAGGAUAAACAAGAAAGAGAAGAAGAAGAAAGAAAACGUAAGCUUCAACUUUAUGUUUUUAUUUCAAGAUGCAUUGCCUAUCCAUUUAAUGCAAAGCAGCCCACUGAUAUGACCAAGCGCCAAACUAAAAUUACCAAACAACAGUUGGAAGUAAUUCAAGGAAGAUUUCAGAGUUUUCUAAAAGGCGACACUCAAAUAAUGGCUGAUGAAGCUUUUCAAAACGCAGUUCAAACGUACUAUGAUGUAUUUUUAAGAUCUGAUAGAGUUCUUAAAAUGGUUCAGUCUGGUGCUUGUUCACAGUAUGAUUUCAGAGAAGUGUUUAGAAACAAUAUUGAAAAAAGAGUCAGAUCAUUGCCUGAAAUAGAUGGAUUGAGUAAAGAAACUGUUUUGGCUUCAUGGAUGGCAAAAUUUGACUGUAUUUUUAAAGUUACUGAUGAAGAUUCAAAAAGACCUUCACGAAUGCAACAACAAAUAUUGAAUAGUGAAGCUAUUUUAUCUAAGGAUCAGCUUUAUGACAUGUUUCAACAAAUUUUAGGAAUAAAGAAAUUUGAACAUCAACUUCUUUUUAAUGCACUGCAGUUGGAUUCUGCUGAUGAGCAAGCUGCAGCUAUCCGAAGAGAGUUAGAUGGUAGGAUGCAGAAAGUUGCUGAAAUGGAAAAGAAUAGAAAAUUGAUGCCCAAAUUUGUUUUAAAAGAAAUGGAAUCCUUGUACAUUGAAGAAUUGAAAACUUCUAUAAAUCUGUUGAUGGUUAAUCUUGAAUCCUUGCCUGUCUCAAAAGGAUCAAUUGAUUCAAAGUAUGGUUUACAAAAACUGAAGCGUUAUAAUCACAGGUCUCAGGGUUCUUUGGCAAAAUUAGAAGGUGAUUCAGCUGAUAAUGACACCCAGCUUACAAAACUUGAUGUUGUGCUCACAUUCCAACUGGAGGUGGUGGUAAUGGAAGUCAAAGGAUUGAAAUCUCUAGCUCCUAGUAGAAUAGUGUAUUGUACAAUGGAAGUUGAAGGUGGUGAAAAAUUACAAACUGAUCAAGCAGAGGCUUCUAAACCAAUGUGGGAUACACAAGGUGAUUUUACCACAACUCACCCACUUCCUGGAGUGAAAGUAAAACUAUAUACUGAAAAUCCUGGAAUGCUAGCUCUGGAAGAUAAGGAGUUAGGAAAAGUCAUACUUCAUCCCACACCAUUGUCUUCAAAGGUUCCUGAAUGGCAUAAGAUGAUAGUACCUAAAAACUGUGCUGAUCAAGAUUUAAGAAUUAAGAUUGCAUGUCGUAUGGACAAACCUCUAAAUAUGAAACAUUGUGGGAACUUAUAUGCUAUUGGAAAAGCUGUUUGGAAGAAGUGGAAAAAGAGAUACUUUGUUCUUGUUCAAGUUUCACAGUAUACUUUUGCUAUGUGUACAUAUAAAGAAAAGAAAUCAGAACCAUCUGAAAUGAUGCAACUUGAUGGCUAUACUGUUGAUUAUAUUGAGCCAGCUAGUGAUUUGGAAGGGGGUAGAUACUUCUUUAAUGCUGUUAAAGAAGGUGAUAAUAUUAUAUUGGCGUGUGAUGAUGAAAAUGAGUGUCAUCUUUGGGUAAUGGCGAUGUAUAGAGCUACAGGACAGUCGCAUAAGCCAACACCUCUAGUCACAUCAGCUGCUAAGAACUCUACCAUUUAUAAAAUUCAAGGAGAUGCUGAUAGAGCUCGAAAACAUGGAAUGGAAGAAUUCAUAUCUGCUGAUCCUUGUAAAUUUGACCAUGCCUCAUUAUUUAAAAUGCUUCAAACUUUAGCCUUAGAUUAUAGGCUUAAUGACCCUUAUUGUUCCUUGGGUUGGUUUAGCCCAGGUCAAGUAUUUGUUCUUGAUGAAUACUGUGCUCGUUAUGGUGUUCGUGGCUGUUACAGACAUCUAUGUUAUAUGAACGACCUAUUAGAUCGUGCUGAAAAAAACAUCAUGAUUGAUCCAACUUUGAUCCACUAUAGUUUUGCUUUUUGUGCCAGUCAUGUUCAUGGAAAUAGACCAGAUGGAGUUGGAACAGUUACCCAUGAAGAAAAAGAGAAAUUUCAAGAAAUAAAGGAAAGAUUAAGAAUAUUAUUAGAGAAUCAAAUAACUAAUUUUCGAUAUUGUUUUCCGUUUGGAAGACCGGAGGGUGCAUUGAAGGCAACGCUUUCUUUAUUAGAAAGAGUCCUUAUGAAAGAUGUUGUCACCCCAGUUCCUCCUGAAGAAGUCAGGGGAAUGAUUAAAAAGAGCCUUGAAACUGCAGCAAUUGUUAAUUAUACCAGAUUAUCAGCAGAAGCUAAAAUUGAAGAAGAGACUUCUGGUGAAAAUAUUUUAGCUCCAAGUAAAAAACUUGAUGACCUCAUUCAUUUAGCAGAACUCUGUGUUGAUCUUCUUCAGCAAAAUGAAGAGCAUUAUGCUGAGGCCUUUGCGUGGUUUAGUGAUCUUCUUGUGGAACAUGCUGAAAUAUUCUGGUCCUUGUUUGCUGUAGACAUGGAUCAAGUUCUUUCUGAACAACCUCCUGAUACUUGGGAUUCAUUUCCCUUAUUUCAGAUAAUGAAUGACUAUUUAAGAACUGAUGAUAAUUUGAAGAAUGGUAGAUUUCACCAACAUUUACGUGAUACAUUUGCUCCAUUAGUAGUGAGAUAUGUAGAUUUAAUGGAAUCAUCGAUAGCCCAAUCAAUCCAUAAAGGCUUUGAGAAAGAACGUUGGGAAAUCAAAGGCAAUGGUUGUGCCACAUCUGAAGAUCUAUUUUGGAAAUUAGAUGCUUUGCAGUCAUUUAUUCAAGAUUUACAUUGGCCUGAUGCUGAAUUUCGACAACAUUUAGAACAACGAUUAAAGCUUAUGGCAUGUGACAUGAUAGAAUCAUGCAUUCAGAGAACUGAAUCUGCGUUUCAAUCUUGGUUGAAGAAGGGAGUUACUUUCAUAUCAACUGAUUAUAUUAUACCAUCAGAAAUGUGUGCAAUGGUUAAUGUGAUUUUAGAUGCUAAAAACCAGUCAUUUAAGCUUUGUGCUGUGGAUGGUGUUGAUUUGCAUCAGUAUCACACAAAAAUUGAUGAUUUAAUAGAAAAGACUUCGGCAAGUAUGAGCCAAGGUAUGAUAUCAAAACUAAUUGCAGUUUUGGAAGCUACAUUAUCAAAAAUGUCUCGAUAUGAUGAAGGAAGUUUCAUUGGAUCAAUUCUCAGUUUAACUAAUGUCUCAGGUACUGGAAAGGAUAUGGGGCAAGCUUAUGUAAAUUUUACAAGGAAUUGUAUGGAUCAAAUCAGAAGUAAAGUGAAUGAUGAACUUUGGAUUCUCAAUUUUUUUGAACAAUGGUACACUGCACAAAUUCAGAUGCUUUGCAAUUGGUUAUCGGAGCGAAUUGAUCACUCUCUACAUCCUUAUCAGUGUACCUGUCUAGUUCAUAUAGUGAAGAAACUUUAUUCAGAUUUUGAAUUGCAAGGAGUGAUGGAGGAUAAAUUAAAUUCAAAAACAUACCAAACAGUUGCCCAGCGCAUGCAGACUGAGGAAGCAACAUGUGCCCUUACCAUGAGUACAAGAAGAGAGGAAGAAGGUUAUAUGGAAGGGGUAGAUGAUGACGAAACUAUUAAAAGUAAAGUUACAGUGAGAGAUGCUACUGGAGAAGAUGCAAACUAUGUUGCAAAAAUUAGUAAUGCAACAGCAAAUGUUGUUGGUAGAGUUGGUAAUGCUUUUGGUAAAGGAAUAGGAGGCUUUACCAGUAAAUUUGGUGGUGGUAGUUCUUGGUUUUAG